CCCUUCCAAGAGCGAUGAGUAUUUCGUUCAUAUGUCCAACAUCAUGCAACUUACCCCGCUAUUAAUAAAUCAUAUGCAAACGGCAUUUGCUCAUUGCCCACAUUGGAGAUAACGCAUCUCAGCAUUAGAAAUGCAAAGUCUCUGGAAUCCUCCUCUGAUUCUACAACACAUUAGUUCAAAGAUUCAGUCUUUUUUUCGGAGAGGAAACAGGAAAGGGAAGAAGUAACCAUGUUGAUUCUCCAGUUUGAUGAAUGGUCGGCAAGCCGAAUCGUUCUUGCGUCUGUUCUGGGGUAUUUCCUUUACUGCGUGGGCGUUGCCAUUCAUCGUCUUUAUUUCAGCAAGUAUUCAAAGUUUCCAGGUCCCAAGCUUGCAGCGAUUACAUAUUGGUAUGUGUUCUGGUACGAUGUGGUCUCAGCCAAGGGUCAAUAUAUGUACAAGAUAAGAGACUUGCACAAAGAAUACAAUAGUCCCAUUAUCAGAAUCAAUCCACAUGAACUUCACGUACUAGACCCCGAUUUUUACGACGUCUUGUUCGCCAGCUUCCCAGCGAAACGUGACAAGCCACCUACUUGGUCUCACGCAUUCAAUACCCCCGACUCUUCAUUCGGAACUAUCCUCCAUGAAGCGCAUCGCCUUCGACGAAAUGCUCUCGCUCCAUUCUUCUCAACUAACUCUCUCCGCCAACUCGAGCCCCUGAUCCAAGAAAAGAUCUCGAGUCUCAUUUCAGUCUUUCGUCGUUACCAGAAGACGGGCGAACCAAUUCAGCUCCGCUCAGCGUUUGGUGCUUUGACUAGCGAUAUUAUUGCCGAGUAUUGCUUUGGACUUCCAGAGAACUACAUCGAGGCGCCUGGCUUCAAUGCCGUUGUUAUGGAGGCUACUGAUGGGUUAAUUGAGAACACCCAUGUCAUGACUCAUGUGCAAUCGUUGCCGAAGGUACUAGAUAUGUUGCCGGAUGUAGUUAUGGAGACUUUGAUUGGGAGUGGGAUGGCACAAUUCAAUGUCAUGAAACGACAUUGCAUCAAGAAGAUUCAAGACACGAUCGCUACUCGAGACGAUUUCACCAAUUUAAAGCACCGCACAGUUUUCCACGAGCUUUUGGACAAUCAAUCCUUGCCAGAAAGUGACAAGACUGUGAACCGACUGUGGCAGGAAGCCCAACUGCUUCUGACAGCGGGGACCGCAACGACAGCGGCCGCUCUAGCUUCGGUAUUCGUGUAUCUUUUGCUUGAUCAGGAGAGGCUUGCGGUUCUGCUAGAAGAGCUCGAAUUCGCAAUGCCUGAUAUCAACAAACCAAUCAGUGCAACUGAUUUGGAGCGCUUAUCCUAUCUGCAUGGCGUUGUUCAGGAAACCCUCCGCCUUGUCUCGGGAGUAUCCUACCGUCUUACACGAUCCGCACCAACUGAAACUCUUCAAAUUGGGGAAUGGACUAUCCCACCAGACACUGCUGUCAGCAUGCACUACCCCCUAAUCCACCAUUCACCUGAUAUCUACCCCGAGCCAUGGUCAUUCAUCCCCGAACGCUGGAUUCCAUCGCCCGCACCCGAUACACCAUAUCAUCUACCUUCGCGCCCGAAAGGCAUCCCUCAAGCUAAUUCAAAGUACUUGAUGCCUUUCUCAAAGGGAACGCGCAACUGUCUUGGGUACCAACUCGCUUAUAUGGAAAUGUAUAUGGGCAUCGCUCAGUUAGCAAGAACAUUCUUAAGAAUUGAGAGGAAUGAUGAAGGGAAGGUUCUGGGAGUUGGCGGGAUGAAGUUGUAUCAGACUGAUAGGAGGGAUACGGAUAUGAAGAAAGAUUCGGGCUUCCCUUUGCCUGAGGAUGGGAGGGGAAACAUGAGGCUUGUGGUUGAGUAAUAUUAUGAGAAGAAUGGCGAUAUGAAGCGCAGGGCGGAUGUAGUGAAUACCGCAUGCAGUUAGUUCAAAGAUUGCAUACCCAUGGGGAAAAUUAGAUUGAUCUUGACUUCCUUUUACUCUAGUCAAUACUUUGUAAAACAAAUACACUUCAAUAUCAC